AUGCAAAUAGGGGUGUGGGUUGCUCUCGGGUACUUCACUCAGGCCAUUAGCUUGGAAACGUCGGAUGCCUCCGUCUACUGCGUCUUUCUCUGCAGCUUGACGGUGGUGAGAGCAGAGGUUCAAAAGGCCGUGAUCCUUUUGUUGGGGUGUUUGCUGUGCAAGACCGACUCUAUUCUGCUCGGAGAAUCCGGCCAGUUUGUCGGUUGGGUCUCGCUUUUCCGUGCGCUGAUGUACGAGGCAGACCUAGGUCGGGUCAUGUCUGGAGCGGAGAAGGCUCCCACGGUGGCGGAGGAUGCCGACGCCGCAGCGACCGCGACGUACGAGAGGAAGCUACAAAAGUUCCAAGAAAAGAAUGGCAAACUCUACACGCGGCUUCUGCUGGCUACGUCGGACUGCCCGGAAGGAUACUCGAGCCCGGCUUCGCAGGUAGUGCAGUCGUUUGGGCCUGUCGGGGACGAGGAGUUCGGUGACGGUCGAAGUGCUUUUGUAGCGCUCGAGCAAAAGUACCGUGUCGAUGGGACUUUCAGAAUGCAGCAGCUACACGAUGAGUUGGCCGCCGUCGCGGUCACCGCUGCUGACAAGUACGAUCCGGCUCGCGCAAUCCAACAAUUGCGCCGCAUCUUUCACGAACUCGGCAAACUCGGAGACACAGUCGUGAAACAACGGCAAGCACAUGCCAUCCUAAAGGCCCUGCCCGACAAGCAAUACGGCUCGUUCAAGACUGUACUGUUGGUAGAGUCGCCCACUGUUGGUAGCGGUGCGCUAGGCUUCGACGAUAUCGCACGUCGUGCCACACUCUACCACGCAAUGCAAAUUCGCGGAAAAGUGCUCGACCAAGACGAUGGGUCGGGCAGCCACGGCCGUGCGUUGAACACUGUCACGCACGGAGGGGCACGUGGCUUCCGCAAGCACGGCGGCCGUGGUGGUCGUGGUGGUCGCCGAGGAAAUGGCGGCAGAACUACAAACGGUUCGACGAACGGCUCGUCGAAUGGGAACUACAGCAGCGGCGGCGGAUCGGCCGCGCUGGAGGCGGCAGCGCGGGAAAUGCGCAAGGUGCUCGCGGGAAUUAUCGCGGCAACAACGCCUCCGGUGGCCGAGGCUGAUACUCACCACACUCAAGACUCCACCACUCAGGCAUGGUUCACGCGGGUGGAGACUGAAGGCGAUGUGCUGGAGGACUACGCCAUCUCUUUCGGAAAAGACGUGCAGGUGCAGGAUGCGCCUGCUGCGGCGCAGCCAGAGGAGCGCGCUGCUGGUGACACGCUGGUGCAAGACGCGCCGGUGCCGACGCUGCAGGAUGCACGCGUUGUGUAUGACCCGCAGGUACUACACAUACCUGCUGCAGCGGUGGUCUAUGACCCUGCUGCCAACGGAUAUUCUCAGACGGAGGAGGCGCCUGAGGACACCGAGCUCGUUGCGUUCAGCAGCGUGUUUCAGGUGGACAAAGAGAAACCGCAGGUCGUUGAUGAUUCCGCCUGCUACAUUGAUUCCGCCGCGUCCAGCCACAUGGUGGAUGAGCAGUCUCGCUUGUCCCAUCACGUCCUCAAUCCGGUAGAUUGCGCUGUGCGCAUUAUCGGGUCGUGUGGCACAUCCGACGCAACCAAGAAAGGUACCCUGAAGUUUGGGGUGCGCAAUGAUCAAGACCAAGUCGUGCGAGUAGCUCUGGAGGUUCUGCUGGUUCGGGGCCUUGGAGCGAACAUACUUUCGGUUGGAGCGCUGGCCGAGAAGGGGGUGAUGUGUGAUCUGAUGUCUACCCCGCCGGCGCUUCGCAUGGGCAACCAGGUCUUUCCGAUCUCGACCGCAGUGCCUCGCAUGUACGUGCUGAAUGUCAUCAUCGACGACGUCAACCUGGGCGCUGUAGAAGUAAAUCGCACGAAGGUAGACGCUCACCUGUGGCACCGGAGGAUGGGCCACUGCAACUCGCGAGCGCUGCAGCAGCUGGCGGACAAGGACACUACCGGAAUCAGGUUCAAUCGCAACAUCGAACCAGGUGACUGCGGUGUUUGUGCGGUUGGUGACAGUAAGAAGGGCAGCCACCCCCCGUCUAACCGUCCCCUCUCGGAGACUCGGCUGGAAAUUCUAAAUGCCGAUACGUGGGGGAAACAUCCUAUUGCUACAUACGGGGGUUGCCAGAGUGCCGUGAUGUUUACUGAUGACGCUACUCGCAUGAGGUUCGGCUACCUACUCAAGACGAAAGACGAAACGGCCGAAGCUCUUCAAACUCUGGUUCGGGACGAGGCCGACCCGCUUGGUCAGAGCAUCGGCACGGUGCACUGCGACGGGGGAGCGGAGUAUUUGGGCAAGUUUCUGGCGCUAUGUAAGUCGCUCGGAAUCAAGCUCACGAAUAGCCCCCCCUAUGUCCCGCAAGGGAACCCCAUCGCCGAGCGUGGAUUUGGUACCAUCAUCGGCACUGCCCGCAAGCUUCUCUUGGGAGCACCGCACCUUCCUCAACAGCUGUGGGGGGAGGCUUUCAUGACUGCAAUCUACCUCAAGAAUCGGACCCCGACCGAAGUCCUGGGCGGCAAGGCACCACUCGAGGUAUGGGAGGGGAAGCCGCUCGGAAAGAUGCUUCACAUCCACGAGUGGGGGUCGCUGGCUUUUAAGCACGAAGAGGUACGCGCCCGGUCGAACAAGUUGGCGGCCAGGGCCAAGAAAAUGUACCUAGUAGGCUACAACUCCAAGGGUAGGUCGUAUCGACUUUGGGACCCUUCGGAGCCUCUCAAAAUCACCAACUCCGUGGAGGUAUCGUUCCGUGAGAAGGAGAUGCGCGACGUGAUCAAGCCCAAACUAGGGCAAGAUCCUCUCCCCGCGCCUAACUCAACAUUCUAUCGGCCUGGUCUGGUAGACUCUAUCGAAGAAGAAGAAGAAAAUAACGAAGAAUCAUCCGACGAAUCGGAGCCGGAAGCACCGGCACCUCGCCGCAGCAGCAGGAACUCCGUGGCGCCGCAACGGUUGAAUCUGUUUACGAAAGAACAGGCGUACGAGAGGACCGAACAUGCUAUGGUGACUGGAAGUGACUUCGGCAACCUCGGGAGAGGCAGUCCCGGGGAGGUGGGCUACAUGCCUGCCGAUCCUGCCACCUACGAUGAAGCGAUGAGUGGACCGGAUGCAGCACGCUGGAGAGCGAGCAUGAACGAUGAAGAGCAGUCGCUCUACGACCACGACGUGUUCGACUGGGUGCUUCCGCCCGAAGACGCCCAACUUCUUCCGACUAGGUUCCACUACAGGUGGAAGUACAACCAAGAACAUGUGCCAGUUCGCCCGAAGAGUCGCGUGGUGGUGCAAGGUUUUCACGAAGCUGACACGGGAGCGGAUAAGGCUGCACCGGUGGCGUCUAUGGAAUCUGUCCAUCUAGUGGUUUCCCACGCUGCUGGUUUUGGCCAAGCUCUCAGGCAGGCCGACAUGAAGACGGCUUUUCUCAACUCCAGGAUGUCCAAGAAAGACAAACCUAUCUACGUAAUACCUCCGAAGGGGUUCACGUGCUCGCAGGAGCAAACAAAGCUGGUCUGGCGACUUAAGGCGUGGCUGUACGGCCUACGCCUCUCUCCGAAAAGCUGGAAUGGGACGUUUCACCUGUUCCUGCUGGAGAUCGGGUUCGUCCCGAGCACCGCCGAUCCGUGUCUGUACACGUUGAACGGGGGAGAGGUCAUCCUGCUCGUCUACGUGGACGACAUCCUACUUACCGGAGCCAAGGAGGAGCUCGUGACGACCAUUAUCGAACAGAUGAAGGAGCGCUUUGAGACGGUGGACCUGGGAGAAGCAAAGUUUAUCCUGGGAAUGGCCAUCCAGCGCAACCUCGAAGCGGGCACCAUCCUACUGACGCAAGAAGCUUACACCAAGGCCGUGCUUGCUAAAUUCGGCAUGGCUGACGUGCGCGCGACGGCAACGCCGGCCGAGAAGGAGCCGGUUACGACCAAGGAAGAAAAUGCUCUGUCGCCGGAGCAAACUACCAUGUUCCGGUCGGCUACGGGUUCGGUCCUAUACAUCAGCAGGGGAUCGAGGCCAGACAUCUCUCACUCGGUGCUGGUACUCACGAAGAGCAUGGCUAAACCAGGACCGAAGGCGCUUGCCAAACUGAAACGACUCAUGCGCUACCUGAAGGGGACGACCUCUUUGGGCAUCACCUACCGCAAGGACGCGCAAGGCGGAGAUAAACUAACCGCUUACGUCGACUCUGACUUCGCAGGCGAUCUUGACGAUCGAAAAUCGACUACUGGGGUCAUUCUUACCCUCGCAGGUGGCCCGGUGGACACGACAAGUGUAAAGCAGACGGUCACUGCCACGUCGUCGGCUGAGGCAGAAUACGUCGCAAUGUCCAAGGCGUGCAAAAUGAUCCUACACUGGCGUCAUCUUCUCAAGACCAUCAAUCGAGAGCAGACGGAGGCUACGGUGUUGUUUGAGGAUAGCACUGCUGCCAUAUCGACUAGUGAAUCGAACAAAGUAACGCAGAAAACGAAGCACAUCGAUGUCAAGUAUCCCCACGUAAGGUCGCUGAUCGUUAACAAGGUAGUGGAGGUGGUCGUCCCAUUGCUGGGUGCUACGACUGGCAAGGGCAUCAAGCGCGUGACGGUAGCGGCGUCUUUGCUUGCCCUCGUCGGCACCUGGUUUCUUGGGUUGGGAGACGCCCGCGCGUCUUGGAACGGUCUGUGGUGUGUGGCUCAGGCCGUCGGGUUCGGCGUGGCUUUUGCACGGAUUGAGCACUACAUGGAAAAGUUACCGGGCAAGAGCUUACAGCUGUCGAUCGGGCAGCUGAUUUCCGUCGCCGCACUGACAGGAAUCUGCUUCGUCAAAGAUCCUCACAUUUUGGCUGCUUUGAGUUACACCGGGCUGGUGAUCACCUCGCUCGAUGUUUGGCUGGAGACUAUUUGCCUGGAGAAAGUUCCAGCGGUUGAAAUGAGACCAUGGGGCCGUAUGCCCUUGUUGGAGCGCGCGUGGUUCUUUUUGGCGUGCCUGGUUGCUCGAAUCGAGCAAAUAUCGGAGGAAGCAGACUCGGAGUCGUCGUUCCGCAUGUCAAUGGUGCAGGAACACACUGUGCCGGGUGGUGUCCACGGGGAAGGCCCCGCGUUCGUGGGAGAAGAGGGUAGCCUUCGCAACAACGAGAACGAUGUACCGGCGGCAGCCCCGGUAGGGUAG